GUUUAGGAUGGAAAUGUGCAUAGUCAGAAAAAAGAAAUCCAAACCAGAUGAGAAACUCUACUCUAGCAGCAUUUGGGGUCCAACUUGUGAUGCGGAUGAUCGCAUUAUCGAACGAUGUGACCUACCAGAGCUGCAGGAGGGGGACUGGAUACUGUUUGAGAACAUGGGUGCCUACACCGUGGUUGCAUCUUCUACAUUCAAUGGAUUUCAGCGACCAACUCUCCAUUAUGUCAUGUCAAGACCACACUGGCAAUUAAUGCAUACUAUCCAAGAACAUGGUACUUUUCCUGAGGUGUCGGAGCUGAGUGAUGUCCAUGUUUCCUGUGUCGCAAAGAAUAGAAUGGAGCUGAAUUCCAUUGCUUGUAUUGUGUAGUUGUCAUUGUCUGGUGUAUUUAAUGUUAGUAGCACAAACUAAUCGAUGCUGCUCCAGGUUGGUUCACCAUCAUAUAUACCUGACAAACUUUCUUUCAAUACAGGUGUCAGCCCACCUCACACAACAUCCUGGAUUUGAUUAAGCACUUACCCUAUGUUCACACCAAUGCGUUUUUAGUCCAUUUAACAUGGUUUCCUAUGGUACAAGUUCACAUCUAUGCUUUUUGUGGCCGGUGCAUUUUAAGAAAGGUUUGGGGACUUUUUUCCUUGUUUUGCGUGUAAAAGACUUAUGCUGCCUACACACGAUCGGUUAAACCGAUGAGAAUGGUCUGAUGGACCGUUUUCAUCGGUCCUA